CUUCUUAUCGAUGUUAAUGAUAAUCUUGUGUUAUAUCAUAUGUUGUUUCUCUGUCUGCUAAAUUCAGUUACAUCUAUUGUGGUUUGGAAUUUGUAGAUACUAAAGAUGUUAGUUUAUCCUGGCAACUAUAUAUGUUGGGGUUUAGAUCAACAAAGUAAUGAUGAAAGUGUUUGUGGGUUCGAUUCAAUAAAGAAGAUUUAGAAGGACCAAGUUGGUGAUGUAGGAGGACUGUUACUGCUUUAGGCAAUGGAAAGAAAUGCAUGAUCUAUUGAAGUGUGUUUCUAAUAAGAAGAAAAUUAUUAGUGUUUGAUUGAUGCAUGCAUGAUCAGAUGGAGGGUUGGAGAUCAGGUAUUAGUUCAUAACAGGGGGACUUGUUGUAGCUUCGUUUUCAAAGCUGCUACUAGGGAGCUCCAGUGGGAUUUUGAGCUGGGGUUUGAUGGGGUAUUUGAAGACGGGGAUCUUUUUUCUAGCUGUUUUAGGUCAGUACAGUAGAUUGGUGAAUAUUUCUUAGAGCGAGAUUGGUUGAAGGGCGUGUCAAUAGGUGCAUGGGAGGGAUGGAGCUGGCUCUUGGAAAAGCACCAUUAGUGAUUGGAAAGUCUUUCAUCUGAGGUCGGAGAUGGGUGAAGGAACUUGUUGCGACAAGUGUUUGAUGUGGUGAAGAAGAAAAGGCCACCAGAUUCAUCCAGGAGAAGCCACCAUUUCCAACCAGUGCUUUCGUGAAUGGAAUCAGACAUGGUUAUCCAUAAUGGAGGAUGUCAUUGCAGGAGAGUAAGGUGGCGAGUCCAAGCACCAAGUAGUGUUGUCGCUUGGAACUGCAACUGUUCUGAUUGUUCCAUGAGGGGAAACAUUCAGUUCAUUGUCCCUUCUGAAAAGUUUGAGCUUCUUGGAGAUUCCAAAGAAUUUCUUACAACCUACACUUUUGGCACACAUACAGCAAAGCACACAUUCUGUAAGUUCUGUGGCAUAACUUCGUUUUACGUUCCACGAUCACAUCCAGAUGGGGUUUCAAUUACUUGCAGAUGUGUUGACCCUGGGACUCUCACUCAUGUUGAGAUUAAGCACUUUGAUGGGCAGAAUUGGGAAAGGUCAUACAAUCAGACAUUUGCUUCAUGCUCUCAAGGUGCUGGCUGCUGAAGUGUCAUUCUUUCUACCACCACUCUGCUCUCCUUCCCUCCCUAAAGUAGUACAAUAUUAUGGAAAAACCUUUGUGAUAUCGCUCUUUGGAACAUUCUCAAGUUGGAAAAUAAAAUUAUCUAUGUUAGUUAGCUAA